UUUGUGAUCGGGAAGAGAAAUCCAUUGCUUUCUCUAUCCCAUAACCACGCCCACCACCAACCAAGCAAGAGGAGGAGCAAAAAAAAAAAAAGAGCACCAACAAUGCGAUGGCUCUCAUCGCAGGAAAAGCCUCCAGCAUCAACCUCCAUUGACGUCGAACAAGGCACGACCACUGCGAUGCCUACGCCCAAACCCCAAGCCCCCCGAGGCUUCCCCUCCCUCUCGACAUUCAUGUCCCACAACGCGCAGUGCGAGUCCUUCAUCUUCAAGCGCUUCGACCGGCUCGCAGCCCGGAACCUCUUGUACAUGCAAUCCGAGCUCGCGGCGCUCGAGGCCCGGCUCGACGAGCUGGACGCCGAGGACGCGCUCGAUCCGAGAGGGUCGGAGGCGAAGAGGAGUGCGCGGAUGUGGGAGGAGUUUGAGAGGCUCGGUGGCGGUAGUGAUGGGGAUGGGAGUCCGAGGAUGAGGGAGAGGUGGGAGGUCGUUAUGAAGAUCAGGUCUACGCUUCGUGAAUACCACGAAACUCUCCUCCUCCAAUCCCGCAUCGCGGCCCUCGAGCCCCCCUCCGCACAGGUCCUCGAAGGCUUCAACGCCGAAUUCGGCGCCACGCCCGCGAACCGCAGCUUGCUAGGCGCAAGCAAGAACAUCUACGACGCGGAAGACGAGGACAAAGUGCGCGAUCUCGCGCAGCUGUACUCCACCGAGCGGCGGGACCCCGUGAGCGCGUUUCUAGUCAAGUACAUGUUACGCUGGCUACACAAGAAACCCGAAGCAUCAUCGCAAUCCGUAGCCCACAGCCGCCUAACGUACGUCCACACGCCUCGCCUCGACGCCCUCGUCGAACUCUUCUACGCCAUCCUGAGCGUGUCGCUGCUGCUCGGUGCGAUAUUGGGGUUGUAUUUUGUGCAUAGUCCUGCGUGGCGGAUCGUGGUCAUCGCGCUGUUUACGCUGGUGUUCGCGGCGUCUGCUGCGUUUUUGAGCGAUGGGAGGAGGUUGGCGGUGUUUGGGGCCAGCGCGGCGUAUGCGGCGGUGUUGGUGGUGUUUGUUAGUGGGGAGAUGGAUGGGGCGGUCAGUGGAGGGGGGAGAGGGUAGCGAUUGGUAUCUGUUUGUGAUGGUAAUGCUUUGGGCUUUCUUUUGGGCAGAGGGAGUUGGGUCAGGAGUUAUUGUCGUCAAUCUUUGGGGGUUGGGGGACUGGAAUCCUGGAGAAUUGGAGUUCGGGGGACCCGGUGGAGGAUGAAAUGACAUAUGGAGAAAUCUAUACAAAGGAAUGGAGAUACGCAACGGCAUGAUAUGGCACGGUAGGAUAUGGUAUGGCAAAUUAUUAGAAUAUCUGGUUGAUAUCAAAAACGAAGUUUACGGCCUUUGUCG